AACCUUUUAAAGUCUUUAAUCUUAAGAAGAGUUCUUCAGGAUUUUUAACUAUUUCAUAAGUUAGUCAAGGUUUGACCACAAUUUUUUAUAAAAAAUUUGACUAAUUAGUGUCUAUUGUUCAACUACAUGCAGUUGUAACAUCAAAAUAUUCAUUAAAUCGCUUGAAAACUCAAUUUUAAAAACAUGCGAAUUGGAAAUUUAAUUAAUUGAAAAAGAGUGAAAAGAAAAAAACCAAAAGUUUGCCCUAAAAGUUUAUAAUGCAAUCACCAAUAAGCAACUCAACAAUAGUUGGAAGUAACACAAAUUCACCGCAAGCACCAAUAAGAACAAGACGAAGAGCUCAAUCAGUCGCAGUACAAGGAGUAUCUGCCGAGGCCAUUGCCCAUCGUCGUGUGUCGCUAUUCGAGUCUAACAAAAAUUCGAAACCUUGAAAAUCCAAGAAGAAACUGAAACUAUUUUUGGCGUACAUAGUAGAUAGAUUGAAGAGAGAAAGAUAACAUUCAAAGUAUCAAUUUUUGAAAAAUAAGAAAAUCUGAAACAAAAACACGAAAAUUGGCAUUUACACCUCAACUCGAAUAAUUAAGUAGAAGCACAAACAAAACAAAAUUAAAAAAAUCUAUACAAAUGGCUGGCAACGCGUACGGCUACCUCACAGGAUCACAAUUGUUAAAUAAUGAUGAAGGAUCUAGUCAGAUACGAAUCAAGAUUAUUGCGGGUAAAUCGUUAGCCAAAAAAGAUAUUUUUGGCGCCAGCGAUCCUUACGUACGAAUCGACUUAAACACAUUAAAUGGCGAUGUAAAUAUUGACUCUGUACUUACGAAAACGAAGAAAAAGACAUUGAACCCGUUGUGGAAUGAAGAGUUCAUCUUUCGUGUGAAACCAAACGAGCAUAAGUUCGUCUUUCAAGUCUUCGAUGAGAAUCGUUUCACUCGUGACGAUUUUCUCGGCAUGGUCGAACUGACACUUGUUAAUUUGCCAAAGGAACAGGACGGGCGAACAAUCGCUCCAAAAAGUUAUCAACUUCGACCGCGCAGUGCACGAUCUAAAGUCCGUGGAACAUUAGAAAUCUAUCAUGCUUAUAUUCGUGACUCGGAAACAUCACCAGCAGAUGCUGAUUGGGAGAUGUCUUUAGACAAUAAUACGACGCCUGUGUCGCAGAUCAUGAACCAAACGGCGGCUAUUGAGCCACUUCCAAGUGGUUGGGAAGAACGACAAGAUGCAAAUGGUCGAACAUAUUAUGUCAAUCACGUUGCAAGAACAACACAAUGGGAAAGACCAACAUUGGGAACAAUUUCGCAAUCAACAGUUGAUAGUAACAGAGUGGACAAUGAAAUUGCCACAGCUUUCCAACGAAGAUUUCAUAUCAGUGUUGACGAGUCAGAACAAAACAACCCUGAUGAAGUAAGCAUGCACUCCGAUGACUCCAAUGUUGAUAAUCUUUCAAUAAGAUCAGAACAAUCGGUGACACCAGCAACGCCAACAUCUGAGAAUGGUAGAAUCCGCCCAGUACGUCCAGCGCCUUCCAUCCCGACUGGAUUAAGUCGAAGUGGAACUCGUCGAUCGGCCCCAGAACCUCCAUUAAGAUCAACAUCAAGAGCAACAACGACGGCUCCAUCGCAAACUACUACGGGAUUGAAUCGUCAACCAUCGGUAGAAGAUAACACAAGUUACACUGGUGACGAUGUUGAUCAUUCUGAGACUUCAUCGAUGUCAUCGAAUCAUCGUUCAAAUGCAUCAGUAACACCAAGCUCAUCGCAAUCGCGACAAAAUUCCUUAGAAAGUCCAAUAAAUCGACAACAGUCUUCAACUCAACAACAAUUAUCUGACGCUGGUCUUCCAGCAGGUUGGUCAAUGCAAGUGGCGCCAAAUGGUCGAAUUUUCUUCAUUGAUCAUGCUGAGAAAACAACAUCGUGGGUGGAUCCACGUACAGGUUGUGCGAGUCCAAUGCCAAAUGCUCAAAGUUCAGCUGAAGAGAGACAUGAAGAUGAUUUGGGUCCACUGCCAGAAGGCUGGGAAGAAAGAGUUCAUUCAGAUGGUAGAAUCUUCUUUAUCGACCACAACACAAGAACAACGCAGUGGGAAGAUCCACGACUGUCAAAUCCAAAUAUCGCUGGACAAGCGGUGCCAUAUUCUCGUGACUACAAACAAAAGUACGAGUAUCUGAAGAGUCAACUUAGAAAGCCGACAAAUGUGCCCAAUAAAAUUGAAAUUAAAGUGCGACGUGAAUCGAUUUUGGAAGAUUCUUAUCGUAUUAUUAAUUCUGUUACAAAAACGGAUCUGUUGAAGACAAAAUUGUGGGUGGAAUUUGAAGGCGAAGCUGGCCUUGAUUACGGUGGAUUGGCACGUGAAUGGUUCUUUUUGUUAUCGAAGCAAAUGUUUAAUCCUUAUUAUGGAUUGUUUGAAUACAGUGCGAUGGACAAUUACACGCUUCAAAUUAAUCCAUUUAGUGGACUCUGUAACGAAGAGCAUUUAAAUUAUUUCAAAUUCAUUGGUCGUGUUGCUGGUAUGGCUGUUUAUCAUGGGAAGCUUCUUGAUGCCUUUUUCAUUCGUCCAUUUUACAAGAUGAUGCUCGAAAAGCCGAUUGAUUUGAAAGAUAUGGAAUCCGUGGAUAUGGAAUACUAUAACUCAUUACUUUGGAUAAAAGAAAACGAUCCAAGUGAGUUGAUGUUGACAUUUUGUGUUGAUGAAGAAACAUUCGGACAUACUAGUCAAAGAGAGCUGAAGCCAAAUGGCAAUCAAAUUGAUGUAACAAAUGACAACAAAGAUGAGUACAUUCGGUUAGUGAUUCAAUGGCGUUUUGAAUCACGUGUGAAAGAUCAAAUGCAAGCAUUACUUGAAGGUUUCGGCUCAAUUGUUCCACUUAAUCAUUUGAAGAUCUUCGAUGAGAACGAACUCGAGUUGUUGAUGUGCGGAAUUCAGAAUAUUGAUGUGAAAGAUUGGAAGAGAAAUACUUUGUACAAAGGAGAUUAUUAUGCAAAUCAUGUCAUCGUGCAAUGGUUUUGGCGUGCUGUUCUCUCAUUCUCCAAUGAGAUUCGUGCUCGUCUUUUGCAAUUUGUGACAGGAACGAGUCGCGUACCGAUGAAUGGAUUUAAAGAGUUAUACGGAUCGAAUGGACCACAAAUGUUUACAAUUGAAAAAUGGGGAACGCCAGAAAACUUUCCUCGUGCUCAUACAUGUUUUAAUCGACUUGAUCUGCCUCCUUAUGAAAGUUAUCUACAACUUAAAGACAAACUCAUUAAAGCAAUUGAAGGAUCGCAAGGCUUCGCAGGCGUUGAUUAGUUGCCAGAUUCGCCAUUCGCCUCCAAAGCUUCAAUUAUAAUUUAUCAACGUUUUGUUAUUAGCUGAAAAACGAAAUUUCCAUCAUCAUUAGAUGUUGUCAUCGUAUCUGGGUGAAAUUUAUAGAAACAUUCCACCUUUUAAAGAAACAAAAAACAAUUCAAAGCAAACAAAAAAAGUGCUUCAUUUAUGUUCACCCACCAAAUAGACAGCGACGCUAAUAGAAAACAAAUAAACAAUAAAACAUGUUCAUGUGCCUUCAUUUGUGCGCGAAAUGAUAUUAUGAGAGCCUUUGCAAGAUAAAUGCAUUUUAAAGGGUUUCGUCUUAUGUUUGGAACUUGUUAUAAAACUGUUAUAACAGUUUUUUAAUUAAAAAAUAAUUUUAUGUUUCUGCAUCAUCGCAUCGAGUAUUCAAACAAAUAAUUGUGGCGUGAAAAUAUUCCAACGCAGCAAAAAACAAAUCAAUUUAAGGUUCUGAAGAAGUCUCUGAUAAAGUCUUUCAUUUUAUUUUAUUUCGCUUAAAAGCUGAGCUUACUUAUCACAAACUCAUACCAAAAUCUUAGAUAUCUACUUAUGCUUUAGGAAGUUGUUUGCUUUUGUCUAGCAUUUCAUACGAUAAAAAUAAAAAAAUAAAAUAUUUUUCUUUGAAACUUAAACUCGUCGAGUCGUUCACGGCUCAUAUUUAUUUUCUCGCUUUUCUUUAUUCUCCCAAGAAAAAAAAAUUAAUCCUUAAGGAAAAUGUUAUAAGUAUAGCGAGUUAUUUCGCCAGUGUGGGCGCUUUCAUUUAUUUUUUAUGCGUAUUAUGUAAAAUAAAAAGAGAAAAUCAUUUAAUGAUCCUAAUUUUAAGUCUUUGAAAUUUCAUUGAUAAAAGAAAAGAAAAGAAAAAAACAUUUUGAUGGAAGAUAAAUUAAAUUAAAUUAAUAUUAAAAGAAAAUGAAAAAUAUUCUAAAUUAUGAGUUUAAACAUAAUAAAAGGCUAAAAAAAGAAGAAAA